UGCCCCUUCUGGUACCCCACCGGGAGGACCUCAUGAGCCACUCGCGCUACUGGUUCGAGCGGCUUUGGCAUAAUCUGCAGCACGUGCCAGAGGAGAAGUGGAUGCCUUCGAGGGCGCACUGGGCGAAGCGCCAUCCCUUCUCUCCCUGGAUGCCGUUGAAGACAUGGAGUUCCCAGUACGCGCAGGCGACAAUGUACUGGUCUCAGUUUCUGGAGUUCUUCACUUGGCCGCACGUGCAGUUCUUCCGGGGGGUGCCGGACCUGGUGCGCAAGGCCCGGACGUUGGACUUCCCGGCCAUCUCGCGCGCCAUGUCCGCGUGGACUCUUCAGGGCGUCGCAGAAGCCGAGAGCUUCUGGCGAGCGGUGCCGGGACCCAAGUCGAGGCCAAAGAUCCAAGCGGUGCCAGGCUCCCUGUGCUGCUUCCGACUGGCGAAGCAAAAGAUCGGCAUCCGCUGA